AUGAGGGCCCUCACUUUGCAGGCGGUAAACGUGGCUCAAGAGGAGCAGCAGCAGGCCACAUGUGGAAGAAGUCUGUCCUCCAACUACGCUCCUCUGAGUCUGGAUAAUAAGAUCUUAGCUCAGAGCUCCCUGCAGAUGCCCCAGCUCUCCUCCCUCGCCUCUCUCCAGCCCUCCAGUCUCUCCUCCACGUCAUCCUCCCUCCUCUCCUCCUCUUCCCUCGUGCCCUCCAUCACCUCUUCCCUCCUCAGCACCCAGAACAGGCUCCUAACUAGCGAUUCACCUCGUUUCUCCUUUUCUUUGACCUCCUCCAUCUCUGAUGACUCGCUGCUGCCCACGUCCGUGCCCAGCGGUGCUCUGCUCAACCGCUUCGCUCAGCCUCCGUCAUUCCUGCAUCACGGUCUGGGCGAACAACAGAAGAGGGAUGUCGGAGGAGACGUUGGCAGAGAGGAAAUAUCUGAAGAGAUGCCAACUAGUUUUGAAGGAAUAAGUGUGCAGCAGUCUGAAGAAGAUGAUAUUAGUUUUGAAGAGGAGGAGGAGGAUUAUGUUUGCUCCACUAUGGAGUUAUCUUUCCUGGAAACAGACUUGGUCAACGAGGAAAUCGAACCGUCUGUUGCCAUCGCACAGGAGGAGUUUCCUGUGUUUGAUGGAGGAAAUGAAAAUAUUGAGGAGCUGGAGGACAAAAAGUAUCUCCUGCUGAAUGCAGUGUGUUGCUCCCUGGUCAGUAAGAGCACACCCCCGGGUCAGGACAACUGGGACUCAGAGGACAGUGUUUGGACCAAAAUCACAAGCCUGGCAAAGGACAUUUCUGUCCACGACCCUGAGUUUCUUCUGAAGGUGGCAGUUUAUGCUCGACAGGAGCUGAACAUUCGCAUCACAACAAACUUCAUAUUGGCUCUGGCUGCCAAUCAGCCCUCCACCAAGCCUCAUGUCCGCAGAUACUUCUGUGCCGCUGUGCAGCUGCCCUCUGAUUGGCUGGAAGUCGUCAGGAUCUAUAGCACAUGCUUCAGCCACUCCCUGCCGAUGUGUCUGAAGAAAGCCAUGGCUGACAAGUUCAAGCAGUUCAGCGAGUAUCAGCUGGCGAAAUAUAACACACGCAAACACCGCUGUAAACGCAGCCCCAAAAAUCGCAAAGUAAAGAAACCGACUGAGGCGCAGCUGAAACGGUGGGCAGACACGCUCAGAACAGACCAAUCUAUCCUGAAGAAGUUUCUGAUGAUGGAGAAAAAGGUGGUGGAUAAAAAGCAGAGUGAGUUCACUGUGAAGAAGAUGAUAAAGAGGCUUCACAUCAAAGAACCGGCCAAACACGUCAUGGCCAUUCUGGGAAAAAAGUAUCCUGCUGACCUGAAGGCCUUCACCCACAGUGGAAUGAAGGGUGUGUGGGAGAGGGAGCAAGCCGGGAAGCGAAUGAAGCUCAAAGAGCCGGAGACUUGGGAACGACUGCUCGGUGCAGAGGGCAACAAGGCCGCCACCUGGGAGAAACUCAUAGAUAACAAGUCUCUUCCGUUCAUGGCCAUGUUGAGGAACCUGAGGAACAUGAUCACUCAGGGCAUCAGCGAAGCUCAUCACAAGAAGAUCCUCAGCAAACUGACCAACAAGAAAGCCGUCAUUCAGAGCCGACAGUUUCCUUUCAGAUUCCUCGCUGCCUACAAAGUCAUCAUGGAGCUUCACACUUUGGCUUCCACAUCCGAGCAAGCGGUUCCCUCGGCACAGGAGAUCCUGAAGGCAAUCCUGAAGAAGUUUCCCAAGUGCAAGCGUACCAAGCGUUUGGACUGGGAGACGACCGACAAGAAAAGGGUGAAGAUGACGCUCGGCGUGCCGUUUAUCUGUCGAAAGUACAAACUGAAGAAAGCCCAGCUUCUCAAGGCCAAUCAGAGGCUGUUCACCGUUGCUCUGCUGCAGCGUUACCGCAAAGCUCUGGAGACGGCGGUUCAGAUCUCCUGCCGUUACAAUGUUCCACCACUUCCAGGACGGACCGCUGUUUUCCUCGUCACAGACAUCUCAACUAGUCGGACCACGGAACAGAAACAGGACUUCUGUCUCCCACCAGAAUCCGAGCAAGAAAGCGAUGAGGAGGAAGAAGACGCCUCAAGCUCGAGGAGGAGGAAGAAGAAGAAGGAGGAGAAUGAUGACAAGCUCAGUCCUUCUCUGAUGGAGGUGGCGACGUUGCUCUCACUGAUGAUCUGCAGCAGCGCAGAGGACGGCCAGCUUCACUUAGUUGAUUCCCACGGUGAAGAAGCAAAACUGACGUCUGACGUCCUUUUGGAAAAUGUCAGAAGUGUCAUGAAGCAAGUAAAGUCAAGUAAGAUGAUAUCAUACAAUGAAAGGGACAAUAACUACCUCUCCAAAGUACUUAACAAGACAAACAAGAUUGACAACAUCAUCGUACUGCUUGACUACUCCAAUCCCCCUCUUGAAUACACCAUCAAUAACUACAGGAAGGACGUAAACAACAAAGCCCUCAUGGUGCAAAUCAACUUAGAGGGGUACACAAAACCCCCCACCGACAGAAACCAUGUGAUUUUGUCGGGCUUCAGUGAGCAAAUGCUGAGGUUUGUGGCAGAACGAGGAUCUUCCAGGCUGAUGGACCAUGUGGAGCAUUUGGACAAACUGUACAACGUCCCACCACCAGAGGGAGCUAAAGACCCUCAGACCACAAACAGUGUUGUCUCAAUUCCAGCCAGCCCCAAGUUAAGGUGGCGAGGCGUGCGCGUGUUCAUCUCCUCCACCUUCAGAGACAUGCACGCCGAGCGCGACAUCUUGGUGCGGAGCGUCUUCCCGGAGCUCCGGCGUCGUGCUGCGGUUCACUGCCUCUACCUGCAGGAGGUGGAGCUGCGCUGGGGCGUCACAGAGGAGGAGUCGUGCCGAGCCACCGAGCUGUGCCUGUCAGAGGUGUGUCGCAGCCAGAUGAUGGUGGGAGUCCUGGGGGAGAGGUACGGCCUGGUGCCCCCCAAACCCGUCCUCCCUGGCCUGCCACAGUACAGCUGGCUGGCGUCGGCCCCGCCGGGUCUGUCCAUCACAGAGAUGGAGAUACGUCAGUUUCAGGCUCUUUUCCCUGAUUCAGUGAACCAGAGAAUGUUCUGCUACUUCAGAGAUCCGAACAUUACCAAAUCAGUUCCGGUGGCCUGGAGAUCAGACUUUGCUCCUGAAUCAAAAGAAGCUGAGUCUAAAAUGGCCUCUUUGAAAAGCAGCAUCCGAGACAGUGACAUCAAGGUCACUGAGAAUUACCCGUGUGAGUGGGGGGGUGUUGUGGAAGGGAAGCCGUAUCUGAAAAACCUGGAGGACUUUGGCAAAGCUGUGCUCGACGACCUCUGGACGGCUGUGGUGAAGCAGUUUGUGGAAGAGGUUGAGGAGGCCGAGGGUGCAUCAGAUGUGACCGAGCAGGAGGUGCACCAGGGGGCGCUGCAGAGGCAGUUCUUUGGCAGAACGAAGCUGCUGUCACGAGCUGUGGAGGUGGUGGAGCAGGUCCAGACCAAAGGGGGGAUGAUGGUGGUGGACGGAGGACCCGGAGAGGGCAAAACUGUUUUCAUGGCUGCUCUCGCUGACGCCCUCAGGACCAGAGACAAGUCCAAGUCCAACCUGGUCUGUGACGUCAUCUCCUACUCCACAGAUGCCAGCCAAUCAGCACGCUCUGUCGAGAACCUCCUCCGCUGCCUCGUUCAGUGGUUUAGAAGAAUGAAGAACACUGAGAAGAAAUCACCUCUUCCUCACUCAUACAAAGACUUGCUGUCAGAGUUUCACUCCGCGUUGAGCGACGUGAAGCGGAACAAACCUCUGGUGCUGAUGGUUGAUGGGAUGGAUGGCGUCAAAGACGGCGGAGGUCAGCUCAACUCUGACUGGAUACCACAGCAGCUUCCACAGGGCGUGUGUUUGAUCAUAAGCAUCACACCUAAAGCGGAUCUUUUACAAACGCUGGUCAAGAAGAGAAGCACUGUCCUGUUCACCCUGGGACAGCUCACCAUGCCGGACAGGAGGGAAAUCAUUCAGAAAGGACUGGAAGCUUUUGGGAAGAAGCUCAGUGACUCUGCAUUCAACAACCAGCUCCAGAACUUGAUAAUGAAGAAAGGAGCGAUGAGUCCUCUGUUCCUGCACCUGGCCUGUGAAGACCUGAGGAACUUUGCCUCCUUCGAUCAGUUGAAAGAGACCCUGCAGGACAUGCCAGAGUCUCUGAGUCAGUUGGUGCAGCACAACCUGGACAGACUCUGCUCACAGCACAGAGGCAUGCUGGGACUGCGUUGGACCCUGGCUGUCCUCACCGUCAGCCCGACCGGCCUGAGGGAGAGAGACUUGUACUCUGUACUGAACACAUGCAAUCACCUGUCCUCGCAGGACAGACAGGUGUCAUGGCAGGACAUGCUUCAACUGUUCAGGACGCCCAAAGGACGCGUUCCCAUGGCAACCUUCACCCGUUUAGUGCAGAGUUUACGAAGUUUGAUUGGUUCGUCUCAUUGGCACAACACCGACGACUUGCUGUCUCUAACGAACCCGGAGGUGCGGCAGAGUUUUGAGGACUUUUUCCUCCCAGCAGAAAGCGACAGGACCAGAGCUCACCUCGUGCUGGCAGCUCAUCUUUGGACGCUGGCUGACCCGCAGGGAGCAAACACCUUCCUCCACUGUGAGGCCAACUCCCUCAUGCACCUGCCUUCCAACCUGAUUCAAAGUGGCCAACCGGAGGCGCUCCGUUCCCUGCUCUCCAGCUACUACUUCCUGUAUGCUUGCGUGCGCCACGGCCUCCUGCACCGCCUCCUGGAAACCUACAGCUCAUACGAUAAGGAGCAGAAGUCUGCUCGCUCCUUCGGCGUCCAGGACCAUUUAGAGGACUGCUGGAGUUUCCUGCGGCGUCACGCCUCCCUUCUCUCGUCCUGCCCACCUCUUUUCAUCCAGCAAGCCUUCAACGAGCCUCCAGAGACCUCUGCUCACAUCUGGGCACGAGGCAUGGUGGGAAAAGGAGGGAUCAGGGUAGUUGAGUGUCAGAACAACAAAGAUCAGAUUGUUCAAGACACCAGUGAGCUGGUGUCGACCUUCUCCUCUGAUCCGACCUGUUUGGAUGUGAGUCCGGAUGGAGAGCUGAUGGUGAUCGGUACUGGACAGGGAACGCUGCAUUUCAUCAACGCACAGACGGGACAGAAAGUGAAGUCACUGGUGAGCAGCUGUGACGGCAUCUCGAGCUGCGUCUUUCUGAAGGACGGACAUCUUGCUACAACCUCCUUUGACGGACGAAUAGAGAUCUGGGAAAUCAAGAACGGCUGCAGGACUGCUCUUAUUAAAGGCCACACGAAUGUGAUAACAGCGAGUAAUAUCUCUGCAGACCAUAGGCACCUUGCAACUGUGUCUCUGGACUUCAUGCUGAAAGUGUGGUCCUCCACUAAAUGUCAUGAGGUAGCAGCGCUGCCCAGCCCCAGCCCCAUGAACUGUGUGACCUUUGACCCCGAGGGUCGCCUGCUGGCUGCUGGUUGCUGGAAUGGAAAAGUGAUCGUGUGGAACUGGCUUCAGAAUAAAACUCAAACUUCUCUGUGUGGUCACCAGCGUUCAGUACGCAGUGUCUCCUUCUCCUCCUCCUCCUCAAUGCUCUGCUCUGGUUCGAUAUCCGGAGAGGUCAGGGUGUGGUCAGUGCCCACCUCCACUUGUGUGGGAUGUUUCCAGGCUCACCGUGGAGCCACAGAGGUCCUCACCUUCCUGGAUGAAGGAGCAAUGCUGCUCAGUGGUGGCUCAGAUCACAUGCUGCAGCUCUGGUCAGGAGGACUCGGACGUUCUGUCACUGCACUCAAAAGUGAUAAUUUUGACCUGGAGCCUCCUCAGAAGAAACUCAAGACCGUAAACUCAGUUUUCGCUGCGCUGUGUGUGGCUGUGAAUGGAGACUACGCUGCUGUGGGUUACCACGGUGAAGGCAUCAAACUCUUCAAUCUCGACUCAGAUAAGAUGAUUUGGUCGUCCAGGGACCUUGAUGUGUCCAUCCUGUGCCUGCUGUGGGUCGCUGUGGACGCAGAGCAGACCGAACCCGAGCUGCUGGUGUCCGGAGGGAGCGACAAACGUCUGAGAGUCUGGAGGAGAGAAGAGGGAGAGGAGGGAACGAUGGGGGGCCUGAAAAUGGUGGGAAUGUUUGGUGGGCAACCAGGUGACAUCCAGGCACUGGCUCAAAACUCUACUUACCUGGCUACAGCUUCAGAUAACUUCACCAUUGCUUUGUGGCUGUUGAGCGAUUUGGCUGUUGACUCCCAUGUUGAGCCUCAUGUGCUGCUGAGGGGCCACAGCGGAGGAGUCACCUGUCUGGCCUUCAGCCCUGAUGGUGGACAGUUACUCUCCGGUGGAAAAGAUGCGGCUCUGAUGGUGUGGGACAUGAACUCAGCACCUCCUGUUCUGUCUAAGUCUCUCCCUCACGCUCACAGAGACUGGAUCACAGGCUGUGUUUGGACUCCAGACUGUGUGAUCAGCUCGUCAAACGAUGGCAGACUUUGUUUGUGGGAUCUUCAGACGGGCAAACGCCUCAGAGAAAUCUCCUGGAGUAGUGCUCUGACCUCUGUCUGCUGUCUGGGCCAGUAUGUGAUCGCCGGCUGUGCAGAGGGAGCUCUACAUGUGUGGAGCUGGGAAACCAACAUAGAAAUCUGCCACAUCUCUGCUCACAAACAGCGAAUACACCACUGCUCUCUCCUCACAGACACAGACAAGAACAAAGAGGUCAACCCAGAAGAAAUGACUGUUUUCACUGCAUCUGAUGACGGAACAGUGCAGCUCUGGAAACCACUACAGAUGCAACACUUCAACAGCUUCCUGGGUCACAGCGGUGCCAUUCAUGGAGUCGUCCGCAAGCAAGGAGUCCCAGAAUUCCUCACUGUUUCUGAAGACUGCUCAUUGCGGAGCUGGACAUGGGCAACAAAGAGUCCUCUCAGACACUCGGACCACGUCACAGCUCUGUGCUUCUCUCAGAACGCUGAUUUUUGUCUUGCUGGUUAUACAUCCGGUUUGCUGGAGAUUUGGCAGCACAACGCUGUGGUCUGCCGCAAGCAGGCUUCAGACAGCACCAUCACGGCAAUCUGCUCCAUGCCUCACGGUCAGUUUGGCGUCAGCUACUCGAAAUGUUUUGUGGAUGUGUGGAAGCUGGUGUGGAAUCAACAGCACGACAGUGGAAGUCUGGUGAAGGUGACCACGUACAAAGUGAAAUAUCCUCUGGUCAAGCUCUUCUUCUGCUCGUCCCUGAUCGGGGUGUCCAGCAUCGGGACAAUAUUUUACAUCACUGACGAUAGUAACGAAAUAUACAGCUGGUACUACAAUGCCCGGGUUCUGGAUUUGAUCCGUAAUGACGAGAAGAGCAUGUGGCUGGUGGGCGAAGGGGACCGAAAAGUUUGCAUUGGCUUUGUCUUUACCAUGAACCCCAAAAUGGCACUCACCUCAGCUUUCAACUCGAUCAACCUGAAGAACGAGGAGGAGGAGGAGGAGGAGGAAGAGGUAGAGAAGAGGAAGGACAAGAGGGAAAGCCUAGUAACAGCUGUAACAAUGGACAGAGAGUUCAUGGUGUGUGGAGACACGAGGGGAAACAUGUGGUUCAACCAGACUUCAGAGGAUUCAUUCUGGAGCAGCAGAAAACCUGCUCACAAUGACAGGAUCAGUGUGCUGAGACUCACUGAAAGCACCAUCAUCUCUGCCUCCUACGACAAGACGGUGAAGCUGUGGGACAGAACCACUAAGAAACAGGUGGGCAUGUUUGUGUGUGGAGGUCCUGUCCUGGUGUUGGAGGUGAAUCCAGAAAAACCCACUGAACUGGUUUGUGCUGACGGACAAGGAAAGCUCUACUUUCUCUCCUGGAAGGAAUAAUACACUUAACACACUUAAUCCCGACCCUAACCAAAUAUUAUAGGAAUACAUAUACACAGCUGUUUUUGAUUGUUUGUUUCGACGAUGGCAACGUGCAAUGAAAUGUACUGAAAUUAAGUAUUUGUCUUUUGCAGAGGGGGAAAAAAAAAAUCUAUGUUUUAGUUGUAAAGCUCUAAUUAUAUCAUGUUUACAUGUGCCUUUAAUUUAGCCGAAGAAAACUUGCAAAUAUAAGAUGCAAGUAUAAAAUAUGGCAAACUUUAAAUAUAUUAUCUUGUGAUUGUAUGGGAGCUAAAUUUAUUAUUGCUUAUUUUGGAAAAUGUGAUAGAAUGAAUAUAAGAAUGUUGGACAUUAACCAUUCGAAGUGCAUUGGGUUGUGCAAUGGGUUUACUGACCAUGAAUUUUCUUUGACAAUAAAUUAUUCGCACUUGUGUGUUGUUUGCUUUAAUAUUUUUAAAUGACUGAAUCAGAAAACCUGGUUUGGUUAAAAAAGAAAAAAAAACAUUUUGGAAAUGUGCAUUUAUCUGUAAUUAGCUGUGUUUAUUUUAUAAUCCUGGGUUUAAAAAAGUUGUGGUAUUAUUGUCAAAUGCUCUAUGAAUGAUAGAUUGAUGCUUGAUGGAAACUGCUCUCAAACAAACAGUGAGGCUGAUGUGUAAACAGCUUAUCAUCUAAUGUGUUUACAGCUCUGUUAUCUGUCAGAAUAUUAACUGUCGUAAAACACUGUUUAAACAAAACAUACCAUAAAAUGAAAACCAUGAA